UGGCUAUUCGGUUGUUAACCUUGGGGUGAAUCUAGCGGCCACUAGUGGCCGCAGAAGUUGCACAGCAAACCCAUAUGCAUCACCGAUCAUUCCACUGCCGUGUGCAAGCCUUCCCACUACGUGCGGGUCGUGGGGUUUGUUUGACCAUACUUCGCUACGCUGGGCAGUGCGUGUUUGGUGCAGGCGGGCAGCGUAGACGUGGGAGCGUCGAUCUUGCUGCAAUUGAUGUUACGGCACUGCCCUCUACUGGCCACUAGCCCUGCAGCAGCCUCACACUUACACAAGCGAUCCAAUUCACAUGGGGUCAGUUUACACGACUACAACAAGCAGCCGCCCAUUCGACGCUCCGUAGCGGUGACGUCGGCACUGCGUUUGUGCCAGGUUAGGUGCACUUUGAGGGCCGUCUGCGUGCAGUAUGGAAAGCUCGCUGCUGGCAGGAGGUAACGAGACGGGCCCAGGUGCUGAGGUGACCGGCAGGGAGUGCAUGGACCCGUGUCACUGCACAUAGGUACACGGACGUUGUACACACUCGGGAAGUUAAGUUCAUUUUCCAAGUAAAGGCCAUUGAGCUAAUAAUCUCCUUUUCAAGGGGGGCGAUUCGGCCGGCAUACAACAUCAAAGCAUGUCACUAUUACACUCGGGCUGUUAACAUCGGGCAUUAUGUGUUGUCGGUAACUGCAUGGAACAAUCUGUUCCUGGCUUGCCACACAUCUCUAGCAAUGACCACGACAGCUUUACCUUGUUUUGGUUAGCUGUCGUGUGGUGGGUAGCACACUAGAUUCGUAAUCCAGAGGUCGUUGAUUAAAAUUAAUCUUCCGGAGCGGCAUUUGAAACCGAGGUGACUCCCCCCGUGACCCCCCUCCACCUCUCUUCGCCCAGCUGCAUAAACGGGGUCACACCACAGUCGAUCGCAAGCUCGCGUUCGGUGCGAUGAAUUCUGGAUACGCCCACCUCUUACGAGACGCCUGGGAGAGUAGACCCAAUACACUCUUAAGAGCUCCCCUCUCGUGGUGGCCUUUCUGCCAGCAGUGGUGUAAACGUGCACUUGCAGGACUGCUCUUUUACAGUCUAGCUAAGAACGAGGGCAAUUGCACCACAGCAUCACGCCCGGCCGCCUUUGUCUCCCUAGUAAGCGGUUUACACAAUGUACCAGGUACUCGUUUUGAGGCUGAGUUUACCUAGAGGAGACCCCGGGCCGCUUCAGAUCAUUGUCGCUCAUGUUGGCAAGGUUCGUAGUGCAUUGGGUUAAUCGCUACCCUACCGCUAUCGUUUUACAACCCAAGUAACCCCACACAGCUGCAGACCCGCGUGACCGGCAUCACGAUCUGGAGUCCAGCCAUAGUGGUUGCGUUCUCUGGGCUGAUGCUCGUGAGACAAGGCCCCAAGGAAGUAUUUAUCUGGUAUAGGCCAAUCAAUUUCAAUGACAAUGCAUAUAUCAGAGCAUGAUUGCAUGUUCACAAGUAUAUGUAGUUAAUUCAGACGUAAUUCCUUGCAUAAAGUUUCUAUUUGGUGUUUGAACAUCUUAACACCUGUUUUAUUACCAGAAACGGUGAAACCGAUUCUUAUUUUUUCAUACUUUGAUACUGGCAAAAGGUCCCAUUUUGCGGCUGCGCCCUCCUCACGACCGCCCUGUAAGUGGCGUGAUAACGCCACACAACAGGUCCCUCCGCAUAGCCUGCAACAGGCUGUUGGGGCAAGGUCUGUUCGCGAACACUCGACACGCAACGACAUUCACAUUAUGGUGAGCAUGCUCUUUCCCCUGCUGGAUGAGAGCCACAGUAGCAGCUGCUGAAGAAAAGACACCCAUUCAGCAGCUGUCUUGGUUAAUCCGCUGAUGGAUGAUGGCCACUAUCAAGUCAAUGACAAUAACACGUAAAAUAGUACGGGUAAUACUACAGUCCCAUAUUUAACUGAUUCUUAUCCAUAGGAAAACCACGACUCUGCUUUGCACAAACAUUUUUGCUUGAGCUAUCGAGGACUGGCUGCAUCUUUAACCUGGGUGAGGAGGCACCGAAGCGUGGUUUUCUUUUCUGUGCCAAAGCUGCUCUACCCGGUGCACAUAAGACUGAAAUAGGCAUUCUGCUGCUGCUGUCGUUCCUGGGCUGGGGCGCACGGCUCCUACCCCACUGCAUUGGACAUCAUUCAGAGGACUGAAGCAGUCGGGGUGAUUCACGAUCCAGCACUGACGUAUUCACUCCAAAUAAAGAUUCCCUGUAUAGCCCUAACAGACUUGCAGCAAGUGCGAGCACCUAUGAAGGUGCUGCAUCGCACACGAGGGGGUGGGUGGCCAGCACCACACCCGGCCGCCUUUGUCUCCUGAUUGGCGAUGGUUACACACCGCACCACGUACUCAUUUGAGGCUAAGUCAGCCUAGGGGACGCCCAGGAUCGGUUCAGAUAAUCGUCGCUGGUGUUGGCCGUGAGCGGGAAUCGAACUUGUGUUACUGGACUCGUCGGACAGCGUGCCAACCGCUCCACUACCGCUCCACUACCGCUCCCCAGUCACUCGCUCACCGGCAGUCAAUUGCCUGCUGAUCACCAUUCUGUCCAUGCUACCAUGGUCACUGUCCCCGUGAACUUUACUUGUUGAUUCAUCCUCUAGCGUUGACUCGUUCCACCAUACACUUUAGUUUCAUCCACACUGCUUAACCACCACACUGCAGGUCACAACAUUGGCCAGUCAGUCGCCCACUCAUCCAGCACUCACUCGCCACACUGCACGUCACCUCACCCCUCUCUCUGCAUCUUCCCUCGCACUGUUGCAAUUCAAUAAUUAGGGAUACAUCCUUAGCUAUUACAGCUUUAACGGUGCUGUUUGUUGCUGGCUGCUCAAGUUGUGGUUGUGUGCUCAGCAGCUGUGUAAACCGGAAAAGACCAAUGCGUGUGGCAUGCGGCUAGUACAAAAUGUUCGGAAUGGCGUGUAUUUGUCACAAGGGGUGUGUGUGUGCGCGCAUUGUGUGUGAAUGUUACUAGGCGUGUGUGCGCGUAGUUAGGAUUUUGAGUGAAGGAAUGUGUGCGGCUGUUAUCUAAUCCAGAGUGGUGGCGCAAUGUUUAGCACACCGCAUUACGAAUCCAGCCUCCCAAUUUAGAUUCCCACCCACGGCCCACAUCAAAGCGAGUUUUAUCUGCACCGAUCCUUGAGCCUAUAUUGUAUGCAAGUAGGUGAGUAUGUGUUCGCAUGUAUAGGUCAACUCAGCCUCAAAUUAGUACCUGUUGCUAUGUGUAAACAUCGCCACUCAGGAGACAAAUGCGGCUAGGCGUGGUGCUUGCCCGGCCAGCACCACCACCAUGAUGCUGGUAAUGGGAGGAGGGAAAUAAACAGUGCAGCAGUGCGAGGGAAAAUGCCGAGACAGGUGAGGUCACCUGCAGUGCCGUGAUUGGGUGGGUGAAUGAGUGUUUGUCGGUGAGUGAGUGCGUUUGUGACCUGUGACUUGUGUUCUUCACAACGACGCGAAUGAUGAUUUGUGCCAGUAUGUGCGGUGGUUCAAUACAGUACGGUGGAUGGGACUAAACAGUCGGUGCCUCGUAUACCGAAUCCUCGGCACGGGUGGAUGAUUCAAUGAGUGAGUGGAUGAGCGUGUGUAAUUGCUCCGGGCGUGUUCAGUUGUAUUUGAAAGCCACGGGAAGAGGACUGGAGUCACAGAGGGGGUAAACCUGAUCUGAGGCACGCGCGUCCUACGAUGACAAAAGCGAUGUUGCUGCUGGUGGGGGUGACGAUGCGCAUUCCAGGCUAUUAAGUCACAUUCGCUGUGGAGUAAGGGUCGUCGAGUUGUAAGUUUAUUUGUACGACCCCCAGGUAAGGACCCCACGUGAAGUUGGCUGACGUAAACGGAACUGCAACGCGCACAUCGCCAUACAUGGCAAGGAACGCAGUUAAUGGCUUCACACGGUGACGGCAAUGGCCCAGAAAUAUCCGGAAGCUACGACUGCUUGCACAACCAACAGACGACAGAACAAACACGCCGACUAUUCUAUCUCUAUCCCGCGAUAUAGGAAAAUAAAAGUAUCUAAUUGACAGAUCCCAUUAGCUACACGGCCUUCUGGGAGCGUGGAAUAUAUAAUCAGCGUUCGUUCAACAAGCAAACUUUUGGAUGGGUUUCAACAUCGCCUUAUAGUAUCCACAGCGACGCUAAUGAUUGCGUCGAGUUGUGUAUUACGCACGGUUUUUACAUGGAACUAGGAAUCACGUCUAACAGAGAGCGUUCGAUGCCCUGAGCAUUUCAUGAGCAUCGGUUCAAGCGAGUCGUGCUCUGCUGACGAGACACCGAAUGUCGAAACCAGUAAAGUUUUCUUGCGGGGUAUUCCGUUUCCGUUCAAAUAACCAGAAAGUAAAACAACUACUUUUAGUCUAGCUGAAUUGGAAGCAAAAUAUUGGCGCGUUUUACCACAGCAAGCCGAGCCGAGUCUCAAGACUCUCUCUCUCGGGAGGGUCCUGCCAAGUUUCCGUAAUCGGGGACGGGGGGCGAUGUUGUUGCUGCUGGAGCUGCUGUGUUAUUUUAAUUGGCAGAUCAUUUGUCGGAAUUGAGAGAUGUUCGGCCAGUCGUACCAGGUUCACGGUGUGGGAUUUACUCAAUGUCACAAUGUGCCCCUCCCUCUCCAAAGGAUGGAAAGGGUGAGAACAUCGUAAACGUAGCGUUUUGAAAAAAACAUCUUCCAGCUUUUUAAAUAUUUAGGUACACAUUUUCUCAGACUUAGGUAAAAAAAGGAAGUAAAAAAAUACCCCGCUUCUAAAACAAUUAUGAAUGGAGAGAGCAAAGUCGGAUUUUUUUUAUUUCAUGCGAUACCUGGAAACCGCGUUCUUCAAAACCUUCAGAUACAAAACAUCCCCGAAGCCUGCCCUUCAACGACAUCAAGCGCUUUCCGAUGCGAUGCGAGUCAACUCGACCCCCCUCGUAUAGAGUCUCGGCAUCCACUCCACCACCACCCGCCCGCUCGCGCUACGAACUCCCCGCCGGCCUGGCACAGUUGCCUAGGUACGGUGCGAAAGACGUUCAACAUAUACUACAUACUGUACACGUCCAAAUUAAUUUGCCUCCCGCAUUUUUUUGUUGUUGGGGGGAGUUAGAGGAGGUGCGGUGGGAAACUCGGAAAUGUAGAAAUUUGAAACCACGAUUUUCUUUAGGCUUCAGAACCUCCGCCGGGCAACUUCGUUAUAUCCUAAGCACAGGCGUAAAGCACACGCGCCACCCCGGUUUAUAUAUACUGUUACUAUACAUUAUUUGCGGGCGAGGUCAAUUAAGGUUUUGACGUGCGCUCACUUGCGGCGUAGAACUCUCAAAUAUUCUCCUCGUGCUAAAAAUGUCAGCUCUCGAGCCCCCCCCCCCGCGCCCCCAUGUAGAAAAUAUACAUUGUCCUGAGUCGCUCUUUAAACGUAUAAGCAGUACUGAUGUAAUGUUUCGAAGGUUCAAAAAAUAUAUACAUCUCAGUGAGUCUCAAGACUCGUCACGUUUGGUCAGAUCGGACGUUCGUGAAACGCAGUGGCCUGGUUUCCUGUUGGGAGGAACCCAGGAGUGAAACUGGGAAAUCCCAGUGCUCACAAGCUGCAUCACACCAACAGCACCCGCCUAUUUCUUAUCUCUGGGCAUUUACUUUAUGUACUUUCUCCCUGUGCCACUGGGCCAUUCGCGUGUCGGAAAUGUGCCCAGCGCCAAGGUUUUCUUGCGAAGAAGCAGGCGGGGCACAGACCCCGUCCGAACUUUUCAGCUUCCUCUGCCCCAAGCAGCAGUCUCGGCAGGGGCGUGGUGGGUGAGAGGUUGGGGUUUUGUGGAGCGAUAUAUACGCAAUCACUCGCAGUCCUGCACACACACACACAGAGUCAGCGCUAACCUUCACACACCGCCACGCACGCAGGGACGCGGAGUGACAGCCGUACAGAGAUACCGACAGAGAACACGGGGAGACAGCCAUACAUACACACACACUCUCAAACGCACAGGGACACACGGACACAGCCGUAUAGCAGGCGCACUCGCGCAACACAGCCCGCAAUGUGUUGGAUGUGCCGCCCGGAGCUCAAGGUCGACUCUUCCACGGGACUUACGGACGACUCGAGCAUGGAACCUGUGGGCGACUCGCUCACUGAGCUAACGCAGAACGACGCGAUCGGGGCGAUGGACAAAGGGUCGCGGACCCUGGAAGUCGACUUGAGUGGAGACCUGGAGGUCGACUCGAUACCCCCGCAGGUGGUCGCGGACCCCUCCUCUGGCGCGGGGCCCCCCUCCCGGGCCCGGCCUCUCCCCUCACCCCCGCUGGUGCUGCAGACCCCCGCUCUGGUGAGACACUUGCUGCUGUGGACGAUGGAGCCCAGCGGGGGCCACCGGGCGCCGAGCGCCGCGGCCGAGGCGCUGGAGGCGGCCGCGCUCGAGAUGACGUCUCGCUUCGGGGCGACGCUCGCACAGAUGGCGGUGGCCAUGGAGGCGGCAGAGGGCCCCGUGGGGUCCACGGGCGACGUGGAGCGCACGCUGCGCGCCGUGGCCGAGAGGAUGUUCGAGGACCGCGUGACCAACUGGGGCCGCAUCGUGAGUGUCGUGGUGUUCGCGGGCUUCGUGGCGCGGCGCGCGACCCUCGUCGGGGUCGCGGUGGACGCCGAGGCACUCGCCGAGGCCGUGUCCCGAUACCUGCUGGAGACUCACGGCGCGUGGAUGAGCAAGCACGGAGGAUGGGAAGGUUGCGCCAGCCAACUCCGAGGAGCCAGCCCGGAGGACGCCCUGUGGAGCGGCCUGCUGAAGGUGGUGGGCAUCGGGUUCGGCAUCGGGGUCCUCCUCACCACCUGGAGGGUCCUGCGGGGGAUCUGAGGGCGCAGUUGGUGGGUGGGCGAGAAGCCAUCGCCUACGUUUGAAGGACUGCGUGAACGCGCUCGAAGUCAAUGAACGUGUUACGCUCUCGCCCUCUUGCAACUUUGAUGCGGUGUCGUUUGCGUGCCGACCGCCGGAUGCGUCGGGCCUUUGGGCCUGCGUCUCAGCAACUGUGCAACCCCCCCCGAGGGACUGCACGCAGGGGCUCCCCGUGUCGCCCGUCUCCACAGCUCUCCGGAAGGAACGGCGGGAGAGAAGAGCGUGAAGUCACACGGAUUCAAUCCCUGCUCAGCCACUCGAUACCCUGCUGUGGGUAUAGCCAAGGGGACGCCCCCCUCCCCCAAAGGCGGCUGUCUCUACCUCGCCCAGCACAUGCGGCAUUCGUGUGCUGGCAGCGGACGAUGAACAUACAGACGACUGGUUUGGGGAUGCGAAGAUCAGGAGCCCGUGGCCUCUGAAGUUUGCACGCAGGUUUAGGCACCUGUUGUGUGCACGUGUGAUGCUCCAGCACUUUGGAGGUGGUGGUUGGUGGCACGCUUCGAGAUCUGUGAAACGCCCAAACCCUGCUGGACUGCCAGGUGGUGGCCAAGAGACGGAA